UUUUUUCGUUUAUUUUCUCACUCUUUUAUCGUCUUUAUUAAAUCAAUAAAAAUAUUUUUAUUAAAAAUGGAAAAUAAAAAAUUAUUUUUUGAACAAUUAAUUUCUUUAUUGGACACAUACACAGGGAGGGAUAAAGCUAUUAGAACUAUUUAUUGUUCACUGGCACUGAUCUCAACCAGAAUUCGCGAUAGGGAGAAAGGAGAGAAACUUGCUGCUUUUGCUAAACAAUUGAGUAGAGCUCGUCUAGUGUAUCGUCUAUUCUCCCAACCUUCACUCAUUUUCUCGGCAAUUAAAAUUCCCCAAAACUGGCACAAUUCAACCGACAAAAUCGAAACAUUUUUUAAUACAUCGACCACCCUUUUAUAUUUAUUUUGUGGAUGGACAGAAACAAUUGGAUGGUUAUCCGAAGCUAAAAUUUUGGGAAGAAAUUCUGCAAAAUUUUUUCAGUUAUCUCUCCACCUUUGGGUAUUUGCACUACUUACAAGUAUAACUCGUUGUAUUCGCCAGAUUUUUAUUAAAAUUAUUCAAAGAAAAUUUUUUCGAAUCAAAGACGAAUUUAUUUUAUUUAUUGCAUUAAUCGCUGAUUUUAUUGCUGCUGUUAAUUCUCUUCAUAAAGGAAUUUUAUGGGCUGGAAAGCUAAAUUCUUCUCAAAAUUCUUUAGUUUUUCUUAUAGCUUCAAUUGUUGGUUUUUAUAGACUUUGGAAAUAA